CACACGCCACCAUGUUGGUGUUGUCUCUUGUCAUUCUUCUGUUUUUCAGAGGGACUUCUUCUUCUGCUGCUGGCAGCUGUGAAGUGUGUGUGGGUUUUCUCCACAGACUCUAUGACAGCCUGACUUCGGCCCACAAGGAGCUGACCCCUGCUCUGGUGGAGGAGGAGCUGGACCAAGCCUGCACUGUCGCGCAGGGGAAGGAGGCCAGGCUGUGUUACUACCUUGGAGCCAGCAGUGAUGCAGCGACACGUGUCACGGCAUCAGUGUCACAACCUCUGGCCUCCCACGUCCCCGUGGAGAAGAUCUGUCAGCGUCUCAGCAGCACUGACACACAGAUUUGUCAGCUUAGAUAUGAGUCUCAGCUGAAAGAUCUGAGCAGUGAUGGACUCGGGAAGCUGAGGGUUCUUGAGCUGAGGAACAUCUUAGCGUCCUGGGGAGAAGAGUGUCGAGGUUGCCUGGAGAAACACGAGUUUGUCAGCCUCAUCCAGAGGAAAGCACCGCAGCACAUUCACACUAUGGAGCUAUGAAUCCUAAUCACUCUAUCUACACUUCAAAUAAGUCAGUAGACCUGUAUUCACUUGUCUUAAGUAUUGACAUGCACUGACUUAACUUGACUUGAUGAAUUUGUUUCCCUUUAUCUCAUUAUGAAUCUAACUUAACUGUCCAAUUUCUAUUUUGUUUCUCUGUCUAUUUGUGUUUUGAUUUUCUUUCUUAUUUGGUUGGUGUAAAAGUUGGCAGGUGUAUUACUUUAGACUCCCAUACCUUCCUUAAUAACCCCAACCCUGAUCCUUACCGUCAAAGGGGCUGUGCCGUGAAUGUUAGCUACAGGCUGCAGCUGGAUACUUUUGGAAUUACUCACAUGCGGGUCAUUUUAAAUAACUUCAACGUCAUGAUCCAUUCAUUUCCGCUGGGGUGUACACACACCCUACACACACGUUAUCAAGCACCCUUACAGUUUGGGUGCACGCUGACUAUGCGUCAAAAGAGCAAACUCCCAGGUACUGGCACUGAAAACUGGACUCUAUUGGAGCUUUUCCAUUAUAUAAUUCCAGCAUGACUUGGCUCGGCUUGACUCAACUCGACUAGUUCUUUUUGUUUUUCCAUGAGGGAUAGUACCUGGUACCUGGUGCUUUUUUUUAGUACCUGCUCUGGUGAGGUUCCAAGCGAGCUCAGAUGAUACUCAAAUAUGACGUCAACAGACUGAUUGACAGUGAGUGUCGUCACUGGAAGUCAGGAGCGCGACGUCUUAGAUCAGUUAAAAAGACUUAAACAUCCAGAGACAUGCAUUCAUCGCCAACAUUUAUCAAGAACAUUUCUCAAAUCUCAAUAUUUAACAAAAGCCCUGGCAAAAACUGGUGAUUGUGAGCCGAAUCACAACCCGCUCAGCUAUAUUUCAGUCUGCGCUCCGGUCAUGCAGGAAGUACUGAACGAUUCGGUGAUUCAAAUCAACUUAUUCUAAUGAUUCAGUGCACGGAAAAUAACUUCUUUGUGUUGCGUAUAAAACGCCGUCACAGCCGUUUCAUGCAGCCGUGCUAUGACGACCCCGCCCACGUUGAGGAGGUACUGUGAAGUAAUGGAAAACGAAGGGCCUGAGACCAAACUGAGUAGAGUCGAUUCGAGUUGAGCCAAGUAGUGCCAGAACUGUAUAAUGAAAAGGCAUAAUUGUUAUGUACGAAUGGAACGCAAAGUGACUCUCUGCGAACAUGUAAUGCAUAAAAAGUAUGACCCAGGCCUGAGAACCAAAGAAGUUGGGAAAAAAAACAGACGUAAACAUACCUCGGGCUAGUCAUUGUUAGAAAUGCCUGUUGCAAACCAUUAUUUAUUUUAGACAAAAAAGUACAUUUAUGGGUCGAUUAAUGUGCGAUUAAUUUGCAGUCUGGACGUGGAGGGGUGAACCUCUCUUGUUCCGACCGCAGCUGGGAGGGACUGCUGCGAGAGGAGCGGACUGGGCCGCCUGAGAGUGCUUUGGGACAGGGGAGGGGCCUAUGGCAAAAUGACAAAACGAUGCACACGUUCAUGACAGAGUCUGAGACUGGUUGCUCUAAGUUUCUGAGUUGGAAGUCCGCCCCCUGACCUCAGAAAUUCCGAAUUCCGACUACAAAUGAAAUGCACCAUUAGUCCAUCGGGAAAAAAACUUGCAAUUGUGGCCUUUUAAUGGCUAUUAGGAUGUGAGAAAAGAUUGCCAACCUUAGUUCUAACACAAAAAAGUUGUCAAUUGAUACUUCAAUAUUACAGUGUUAUUGUGAAUUGUUUGUGUGUUGUGUUGUAUGAAUAAAUCUGAACACAAACAAA